AUGCCCGUAAGCCUCGCGUCGACGGGCGGACAGGAUUGCGGGGUAGGCGGAGGGUUCGCGGUCGGGUUACGCGGCGCGCACUCCAGCGCUCGCGCCAACGCGGGGGAGAUUAAGGACGAUCAGGAGAGCGGAAUCGCGGACGGGGGGUGCAACGAGACGGCCAGAUCUAGCGAGAGCAGCGGCGACGGCGGGGGCGGCGGUGGCGGCGGAAGCAGCGGGGGGGACGAUGAUGCGGGCGGACACGUGCUGAAGCACGCGAGAGAAGCCCCGCCGAUGGCCGACGGGCGGAGAUCCAUUGGCGCGCGCGGAAGCAGCGGCGGGUGGGGCGGCGCGGGCGCGCGCGCGUCGUCGUCCCCCGGCGGGCCAGGGGGAAGCGGAAACAUCGGCGGGAGUUCAAGGCGCGGGGGCUCUGGCGCAGGGGGGGCAGGCGGAGGGGGAGGCGGAGGGGGAGGCACGGGGCCGGGAGCGGAGUGGGGGGGAGCGAGUCACUGUAUAUUUGUGGAGCUGGAUCGAGUGGUGCUAUACUGUGCUGCAUGCGGGGAGUAUGUGGUAGAUGGUGACUUUAACACAUGUGUGAUUAAUGCGGUGGGGGGUAUGGGUGGCGUGGAAGGGCCAACUCUUGCUUGCCUCCCUGCUGCUGCAGCUCCAGGAGAAGCAGCAGAAACCACAGGAGCAGCGGCAGCAGCAAGAGCAAGCGAAGUGGGAACGGGGGAGGGGAGGGGAGGAGGCGCUAUUAUGCAGGUUGCGUGGACAGCACCUGAGGAGGGGAUGAUGGGGAAGAAGAAGGGAGCGCGCAAGGAGGGAGUGAUAAAAGGGGGCAUACUGAAAGAAGGGGUAUUGACAAUGGCUGCGAUGCCAUCAAUGGGCUUGGGGGGAAGAACCACCCGGUUGCUACUUCCAGCUGGGCCUCAGGGCUCAGGUGAAGACCUGUGUGGGUAUUCACCUGAGAAUUCACCUGAGAUUGACGCAGAGUCGGAUGGGAGAGCAGUGCAGUUGCAGCGGGCGGAUGGCACGGCUGUGAGUGUGAGUGGGAGUGAGCGAGGCAGCAGUUUCGCCGGUAGUGACAGCGCUGGCAUGACCAGUGCUGGUGCUGAUGCUCAUGCUCAUGCUGAUGAUGAUGCUGAUGUUGAUGCUACUGCUGGUGCGGGUGGUGACUUUCCUCCUGCUCCUGAGAAUAAUAACCCAGGGGGUGGGGGCUUCGGUGCAGCUGUGGUUCGGAUGGAGGAGGGCAGGGGCGAGGGGGCGGAGGGGGAUGGGGAUGAGGUGAGGGAAGAGAGGGAGGAAGAGGGGCAGGAGGGGGGAGAGGAGGGGGAGGAGGAGGAGGGUAAGGAGCAAGCGGAGGAGGAAUUGGAGGAGGAUGAGGAGGGGUUGCAGGGUGAUGCUGAGUGGAAUGGUGGUGAUAGGGGUGCCGUAGGAGGAGGAGGAGGAGGAGGAGGAGGAGAAGGAGGAGGAGGAGGGGUAAAUGGAAGGGAGGCUCUGCUGGGGGAGGGGAAGAGCAAGAAAGUGAGAGAAAGGGGAGGUGAUGGGAAGAAAAGGGGACGGGGCAGUGGGUGGACCGGAGGAGGGGCAGGAGCACAGUCAUUGACAGCAGCAGCAGCAGCAAAUACAGCAACAGCAGCAGAAGCAACAGCAGCAGCAGCAGCAGCAGCAGCAGCAGCAGCAGAUACAGCAACAGCAGCAGCACCAACAGGUGCAGCAGCAACAUCAGCAAGCCCUUGUGCCGCAUGGGAAGGGAAGGUGGGUACAGGUGUGAAUCAGGAGGCGAGGGUAGGGAAAGGCAAGAAGGAGCAGAAAGAGAGGGCGGAGAAGGGGAAGCAGCAGCAGCAGCAGCAGCAGCAGGCGCAGCAGAAUGUGCGGCCACCUUCACCCAGAAUCACUCGCGCUGCUGCCAGGCAGUUGCAGCAAGAGCAGCAGCAGCAGCAGCAGCAGGGCGCAGUGGAAGAGAAGAGGGAGCAGCAGCAGCAGCAGCAGCAGCAGCAGCAGCAGCAGGGGAAGGAAUCCCUGGGGGGGCAGUGGUUGGGAGGGGAAGUGGGUGGGGAGAUAGGGGAGGCGUGGGAAGUGGAGGGACAAGACGAGGAGACUGGGGUGCAGGGACGAGAAGGGAGAGCGGUCAAGGGAAGUAGAGGAGAAGCCAGUAGUAAGGGGAAGGGGAGGAGGAAGGAGCGAGUGAGGGAGAGAGUGAGGGAGAAGGGACGGUUGGAUGCAGCAGAGGUAGAUGUAGGUGCAGUGAGGGGGGAAGGUGAGGAUGAUGCGAUAGCAGGAGCCAGAAUGACAGGUGGUUUCCAGGAAGGUGUGGCUGCUGUGCCUCCUCUUCCUCCUCUUCUUGCCGCCGCUGUGAAGAGGCCGAGGUAUGUGGUAACCAGGGAGGGGGGCCACGUGGGACUCGAGGGCGCGAGAGAGAGAGUGAGGGCGGGGGAAGAGACAGUGUCCACAUUAGAGGACGAAUUUGUGGGUUUCAGUGUGCCCAGUAGUAUUAGGGCAGCAGGAGAAGGGAUACGAGUGGGAGUGGGACAGGAGGUGGUGUAUGGGAGAGGAGGGAAACGAGGAGGAGGAGGGGGGUCAGGUGUGGAGGAGGGUGGUGUGGUGGGUAGGAGUGUGAGCACUCGUGGGCGGAGGAGCAGAGCUGCUGUGGUGACCCCGGCAGAUGCGGGUGCUGCAGCGACAGCAACUGAUGCAGCAGCAGUGACGGCAGGAGGAGCAGGAGCAGGAGCAGCAGCAGGAGCAGGAGCAGGAGCAGCAAGAGCAGCAGCAGGUGCAGGAAGGGGAAGGGGAUGGAACUUCAAGAGGGCUGUUAUAGCGCAGUUACGUGGGGAAGCUGAUGGCCUGGGGAAAUUGGGUGGUCAGCAGGGAGUGGUGGGGGGCGGAGGGGGAGGGGAGGAGGGGCAAGAAGGCCUGGCGGAGGAAACGUUACAGAAGGGGAUGAGCGAGGCAGGGGCGGCAGGGAGGGAGGUGAGGAGGAGACAGAGGAGAGUAGUGGUGAGCGGGCAGCAGGAAGGGGAGGUAGGUGCAUGGGUGGAGGGGUGUGCAGGUGGGGCCCGUAAGGGGAGGGUGAGUGAGGGGAGGGUGAGUGAGGGGAGGGUGAGUGAGGGAAUGGUGAGUGAGGGGAUGUAUUUUAGUGGCAGCAAUGGUGCUGUAGCGGCGAGAGGAGGGGGUGCAAGAAGGAUGAGCAAGGGAAGGCGAGCAGCAGGGGAACGAGACGUGAAAGGAGGUGUGGAGGAGAGCGAUGCAAGGGAAGGUGUAGAGGGAGGUGUGGAGGGGGAGAGUGCGAAAAUCCCCAAGGGGGAAAGUGAGGGAGUGGUGUGGGGCGAGAGUGGGGAAGGGUAUGUGGGUGCGAGUGUGGGUGUGGCAGAGAGAGGCGUUGUAGAAACACGGGAGGUGCACGGGAGGAGAGAGGGGAAGGGCAAGGGCAAGGGAAGCAGGCGGAGGAGUGAGAAUGGGAGGGCGAGCAGGGAGGGGCGGGAGGGACAGGAAGGGCGGGAGGGGCGGGAAGGGCGGGGUCUUAGCACAGGGGAGUUAGAGGUUGGGGGAGGGAGGGUGGGCGGGAGUGUUCUUGCCACGCCUCUAAGAUUGGGAAGUGAAGAGGAUAAGGCUGCGGUUAUUGCAGCGGUGGUGGCGGGGGGAGUGGAAGAGGAGGUGAAAGGGGAAGUGGAAAGGGGUAGGGGAGGGAUAAGAGAGGGAGGAAGGGGAGAUGUUGGGGAGGCGUAUUUUGAGCGUCCUAAGAAGGUGCGUAUAAUACGAGGGGAGUUGAAUAGGGUGGUUGGGAGGGGAGGGGGCGAGAGUGAGGUUGGGGUUUCUGUGGCAAGGUGUGCAGAGGAGGGGGCUGUAGGAGGAACGGAGAGACGGGAGGAGGGAGAGUGGGGAGGCGGAGUAGAGGGGUUGGAGGGAGAAGAGCGAGGAGAGGGAGGAGAGAGAGGGGAGGGAGGAGAAGGAGAGGGCAUGGAUGGGGAAGGACUGGAGGGAAGGACGGAGCAAGGGACAAAGAGAGGGGAUGAGAAAAGUGUGGAGGGCAGGGGGAAGGGAAGGGAGAGGAGUAAGGACAGGGCAGAGAAGACUGAGAAGGGAGAGAGGGAGGAGAAGGCGGAAAGAGAGGCAUCAGAUUGGCACGGAGGGGUAGCAGCCAGGGAGAAGCAGGCCUUGGCCGAGGCAGCAGCAGGGGGAGUAGCAGGAGCAGGAACAGGAACAGCAGGAACAGCAGGAGCAGAAGCAGGAGGAGCAGGAGCGGGAAGAGGAGGGAGAGGGAGAGGCAGAGAUGGGCUGCCGUGUGGGUUGAGGGGUCUGAACAACCUGGGCAACACGUGCUUCAUGAACGCCAUUCUGCAGGCCCUCGCCCAGGGGCACAUGACUCCUCCCCUCUCCUGCAACCACAAUCACAACCCCGACAAUGACCCCCACCACAGGCCCAGCCGUGGCUCCCCGGAUCCCCGCGGACUUGAUGCACGCGCCCCUGUCGGCCAGCAGCAGUCGUUUCACAGCGACUCACAUGGUGCCAAUGCCACGCACACCACCAGCAACAACACCAGCAGUGCUGCUGCUGCUGCUGCUGCUGCACCCUCGCACGCAGCACCCCGCCCGUCCCUCAACCCCAUGGCGCCUCACACAAUGCCCACGGCCCACAUGUCCCAUGCGGGCCUUAAAGCCAUGUUCAGUGGCGAGAGGAGGCCGUUCAGCCCCGGCCAGUUCCUCUAUAGCUGGUGGCGUGUCACGGACAGCUUUGCGAGCUACCAGCAGCAGGACGCGCACGAGUUCUUCAUCGCAACCCUCAACGCUCUCCAUGCUGCCUCCGGCCUCGCCUCGCCCCGCCGCAAACCCGCCCCUCCUGUUGCUGCUGGUGCUGCUGGUGCUUCUGCUGCGUGCCCGCCAUCAGUCACCGAGUGCCCCUGUAUCGUGCACGAGGUGUUUUCCGGGCUGUUGCGAUCAGAUGUGACCUGUACAGCCUGUGGUUGCACCUCCACCACAUACGACCCGUGUGUGGAUAUCUCUCUGGAUCUAAGCCCUCACUUGCUCGCAGCAGAGUUGCACGAGGAGCAGCAGCAGCGGCAGCAGCAGCAGCAGCAGCGCCGGGAGUUGAUGCUGCUGCGGCGGCAGCAGCGGCUGGAACAGGGGGUGGGAGGGGGGGUGGGGGAGGGGAAGAAGAGGCGGAAGCGGCAGCAUAAGCAGAGGUACCAGCGAAAGAGGAAACGGGGACGGACUAGGAAUGUUACGGGUGAUAAAGAUGCUGCUGUUGAUGCUGCUGCUGCUGCUGCUGCUGCUGCUGAUGAUGAUGAUGAUGAUGCAACUGCUGCUGCUACUGCUGCAGACGGAGUGACAGAGACGCUUGGAGUCAAUGAGAAGUUCUUCUGUGAGGCCUGCCAGAUACGGCAGGAGUCAGUGAAGCAGAUGUCGCUGGCGCGCCUGCCCCUCGUGCUGUGUCUGCACAUCAAGCGCUUUGAGCACUCGCUCUCGCGCAACGCCUCGCGCAAGAUCACGCGCUUCCUGCACUUCCCCCUCGCGCUCGACAUGUCCCCCUACCUCUCCUCCAGCAUCACCCGCAACCGUGACCGCGACCGCGACCGCGACCGCGACCGCGACCGCACUGCCUCCCUGCACCCUACGCCCUCCCCUCCGCCCAUUUCCCCUGCUGUCUCCUCUCCUCUGGUCCUCUCCCCCCCGGCAACUUCUCCGCUCGUCUCUCCUCUGCUCGCCACUCCUCCUGUUGCCUCACCUCCUUUCGCCUCUCCUCCUCCACCACCACUCCCACCAGCACCCCCUCCCAAUGCUUCGUGCAAGCUGGCCAGUCCCUCUGAAUUCACUUCUGAACCUCCUCCCGAACCUGCUUCCGCACCUGUUUCCGGGCCUGUUCCCGAACCUACUUCCGAAGCUGUUGUCAAACCUGCUCCCGGGGACUUGGAGAAAGGCGGUAGCAGCAGCAACACAAGCAACAGCAGGGAGGAGGCGCCUGGUGAGGCAGACUCAAAUGCUGCUGCACACGCUGGUGCUGCUGCUGCUGCUGCUGCUGCUGCUGCUGCUGCUGCUGCUGAGGAUGAUGAUGCUGAAGAAGAUGAUUUUGAUGAUCACCCAAAGAUAGCAACACCCCCAACUCAUGGUUGA